UGGAAUCAAAAAUAAAAUCGAGCUAAAUUACAGACGCAGCUUUGUUCCAGCUCAUAACAAAAUGCCAAACAGUCAGUUCAACGUCGCUGAUAACAUUUCUGAGCUGCCGGAUCAGUUGCUGAGUAUGUCACAAGAUAUGGACGCCUCGAGCAACAGCACCAUGGAAGAAUCCGGCGAUACCGGGGUCGCCUUCAAGGUGCGGCGGAACUUCAACAAAAAACCGCUCAACUCGGCUGAUCGCAAAAAGAACGAGAAGGAACGCAAGGCGCGACAGGCCCGUCGGCUGCGCAAGUGGCUGAUGCCGAAGAACGCGAUCGUCGCGCUGCAUGAGCUGCUCGGCCCGGGAAUGACGGAGUUCACCAUCAAUACGCAAGGCCAGGAGACGAAGGCCGAAAUUGUCAUCAACAACGUCAAGUAUGAAGCCACUGCUGCGAACAAAAACCUUGCCAAGGCAAAGGCCUCCGAGAAGGCGCUGCGCGAACUCACCUUCGCGCAGAUGGCCCGCGUUAAGCAGCAACGCCAGGACCAGGCACAACAGAAGACGGCAGGUGAUUCUGCUUCUGAUGUCACCCCGAUGGACGUAUGCGUCGAGUCGGAGGAUUUGCCGAUGGAGCAUCUUGCGUCAUUCGCGCUCCACAAACUAUUCACGCAGUGGGAAGCCGAAGGUUUCGAGGUUCCGUUGAUCAAGCCCGGCAAGGUGAAGGGCCCACCGACGCCCGCAGAACCCGGUGCCCCGAAUCCGCUGCUACCGAAGGUCACCAAGACGAUUGCUGAUUUGCCGGCGGAUGCGGCCACUCGCCACCCAACAGCGCUGUUCGCUUACAUGCGACCACAGGUACUAUACGAAGAUCUUGGCUGCAGCAACGAUCAGACCAAUCGAGAAUUCAGCGUCGGUAUUAACGUCGAUGGACAGCAAUUUGUCGGCAAGGACCGUUCAAAGAAGUUAGCGAGAAAGGCGGCGGCUAUCGAUGCCUGCAAGACGCUGUUUGGGGUCCAGUUCGCCGAGACUGCGCUGAAAGAUUAGACUGGUGAAAGGAUGUGCCCAGAUAAGGCCGUACGGUGGUGCAAUUCCACACGAAUCAUACUAUUUUGAAAAACACUAGGCAUCCCGCGCAUAGUAAGAACCCACGGGUCCGUUAUUACACGAUAGUAUUGGGGUAUCUCUCGUAAACUGGAUUGCUACUAUUUAUCGCGUGUGAAAUGGUGUUAGGCGGAGUGCCGUACUUCAUGUUUCUUGUCGGCCAUCCCAAUUAAUCGCGUGGUUUAUCGAUACUUCACUAUUUUCUUAUUCAAUAGUUGCGCAGUCAGUCCUUGUAUACGUGGAAGGAGGACUCAAUUGAGAGUUGAACCCGGAAGCGUCUCUAUUAUACAAUGAUUAAUUUUGUAUCUUUUCAACGUAUCAACACGUAGUAACACUAGGAAGCGAGUACAGGAAUGAUUACCAUUCGUCACUCCAUCCAUACCGGAUGGCAGGGUACAUUGCUCUUUUUAAUGAAGUACAUUUGUAUUAAGGAAUUUUAAUUUGAGCUUGACUAGACUUAGGAUAUCGAAAUAUAAAAGCAAAUAAAUGGUUA